AUGUCAGAAAUUGAAAUGGAUGAUGAUGGUGCACAGAAUGUUGAGCUUGAAGAGAUGUUGGAUACAUUGAAGCAACAACAUGGAAAUGAAAUUAUCAAAAAUGAAGAUGAUCAGAAAAAGGAAAUUAUGAAUUUAUUGCAUGAUUUUAAUAAAAUCAAAGAUGCAACACAAGUGGUAUUGGGUGCAUUGGCUAAUAUCGAUGGGGUGACAAUUAAGGAUAUGCAUUUGAAAUAUAAUUUACCAAUUGAUUAAAAAUUCAAAUUUGAAACAAAUUUUUGAAA